ACGGGACGGGACGGGAAACGGAAACAACACAGGAUUUAACUGCGACGGUGAGCUGUAGCAGCAAAAAAAAAAAAAAUUCCAUCGAAUUAUAUAAAAAUAAAUCUAUAAUAUAAGAUAAAGACACAUGCACUAGUCGUGCAGUUUUUGUACGGAAAGAUGAUGAUUUCGCCGUGGGACAGAUGGUACACGACCAGCUGCUGCCUGUGUUGUCAUGUACGGACGGGCACCAUUAUCCUGGGCAUCUGGUAUAUGCUCAUCAAUGCAGUGGUUUUGUUAAUCCUGCUGUCGGCUCUCAAUGACCCAGUCCAGUACCACUACCACCUCACCAGCUCCGAACUCGGCACGGAUUUGGACGUCAUGGACGAUGCAAACAUGUGUAUCGCUGCUGCAAUCUCAUUGCUGAUGAUUAUGAUUUGUGGAAUGGCAACCUAUGGUGCAUAUAAGCAACAUGCUGCAUGGAUCAUUCCUUUCUUCUGCUACCAGAUCUUUGACUUUGCUCUUAACACACUGGUAGCAAUAAGUGUUGUUGUUUACCCCAACACUAUACAGGACUAUCUUCAGCAGUUGCCUGGGACCUUUCCAUACAAAGAAGACUUGAUGUCCACAAACAACAUGUGCCUAGUAUUAGCAGUGCUUCUCUUUGUUGGAUGCAUCUUAGCCUUUAAGGCUUACCUUAUUGCCUGUGUCUGGAACUGCUACAGAUACGUCAGUGGAAGAAGCACUACAGAGGUCCUGGUUUAUGUCACCACAAAUGACACUACAGUACUACUUCCACCCUAUGAAGAGGCGAUCGCCAUUCCACCGAAGGAUCCCCCUCCCCAGUACGUUUCGGCUUGAGAAUCGCACCGAUUUCUUACUACGCUGCCCCCAAACCUUCUCCAAAGAAACAAUCUCUUGUCACAAUAGCCCAUUCCGUUGCCCCGGUCUCCCGUUUGUCGCUGUGUGACGUAAGUCUCCUCUCUGGAGGCAGCAGUAUGACUUUGAGACGCCCUUCCCUCGACAAGGCUACCCAGCUGUCCUGGCAACCCAAUGCUGUGUGUCAGCUCCAAUCUGAUUUGCACUUUCGGCGAUUAUGUGUGGUACUGGCCUUUUUAAUACUGUGAACUUCUCAGUAGUGUUGUCGUCUACUGAUAUACCUGAGAUUUGAAUGCAGCGUGCAUGAUAAACACGGGAGUUACGUAAGAGCGCUUUUCAAAUGGGAAUUACCUAGAAAUGUACUGAAUGUAAGAAGCCGGCAUUUUCACUUUAAUUUCGUUGUAUACUGUACGAAUUGAACGAAAUUUGAACUCUGAUUCAGAAUAUAACUAAAUUAGUUGUUUAAAAAAAUGUAACAAGCAAUGCAACACAAUUUUAUCUAAUAAAGUUAAAUCUUUCAAGUCUUCCUUUAUACACAAUGCAAUAAUUUGUUAAUUUAGUCUUUUUUU